GUCGGCUCGCUCUCCUCGACGCAGAGAUGCCCGUGCGCGCCGUCACCACCAGGUUCAUGUACAAGGGGCUGUGCACCAUCCCGGACGUCCUCGCCUACCGGACCCCCGUCAGUCUGCCCGAAGACGAGCUGGAGGAAAUCCGAGAGGCCUUCAAAGUGUUCGACCGCGACGGGAACGGUUUCAUCUCCAAGCAGGAGCUGGGCAUGGCCAUGCGGUCCCUGGGGUACAUGCCCAAUGAGGUGGAGCUGGAAGUCAUCAUCCAGAGACUGGACAUGGACGGUGACGGCCAGGUGGACUUCGACGAGUUCGUCACGUUGCUCGGUCCCAAACUGUCUGCGGCCGGGAUGCCCGAUAAGUUCCACGGAGCGGACUUCGAUUCAGUCUUCUGGAAGUGCGACAUGCAGAAGCUGACGGUGGACGAGCUGAAGCGACUUUUGUACGACACCUUCCGGGACCACCUCACCAUGAAGGACAUCGAGAACAUCAUCAUGACCGAGGAAAAACACCUCAACAGUCCCGAGUCCCACGUCGACAUCGACACGAGCCCCACGCAACAGGAGAAGCACACGUGUGUGCGCAAAAGCCUGAUCUGUGCCUUCGCCAUCGCCUUCAUCAUCAGCGUCAUGCUCAUCGCCGCCAAUCAGAUGCUGCGGAGAGGAAUGAAGUAGCUCCAACGCCCGAAAGCAAAUUUCUCCGCGACGGAGGGCACGGUAAGCGCCGCGGGACCCGGCGGGGAACGACGACGCGGCCCGCCGAUCGAUGGCGCUCGACGACGAGGCCGCCGCGAUGGGGGGGUCGCGGACGAUGU